CAAGGGGUGUCUCUUCCGGGGAGUCCACGCCAAGCUGGCCCAAAAGUGAAAGGAUAGUUACCACCAACGUUACCGCUUCCACCGUUACCACCGCCCCAUUACAACCUUUCUCUCUCUCCCGGAGAAGGCGCUUUUGCUGUUGUUGCACUUAUUUAGAGCAUACUGAUUGAGGCUCACCGAGGAUAUUGGCAGAACCGUGACGGGGCCGUGACGUGGAGGGAGCUUCUUGGGGUAAAUUGAAUUGAAUGUGCGUUCAUACGAAGCUUCGAAGCUGCCUUUAGGUAUUUGGAGUGUGUUAUUGUUGUGACAAACGGGUGCCGAAGGAGAGUGGGGUCGACUGAAGAGGAAAUCGAAGAAGCUUAAUGGAGUGAGGAAAAUCCAUCUGCAAUCGCGAAUUUUCUUCAAUAGCAAGCGUGGCUCCGGGUGCAUCUCGUGUGGAUUUUCUGUCCUUCUGAGAGAAUACGAGAAAAACGAAGCAAAUAGGGCAAGUAAGUCAUUGGCGGAGCCGGGCAGACGGGAAAGAGGAUACGAGAAGAAGAAAAGAGGGUGUGAAAAUUUGGUAACUGGGAUUUGGUUCGUUCCUUGCGACGAGCAUGCGGUGGUCCAAUGUGUGACGGUAGUGUGAAAACAGUUUUGUGAAAAGUUACGUUGCAGAUUCAAGAUUGCCCAGAGCCAUUUUAGUGUGAACAUGCAAAUGUGAUAAACGGAAGUGUUUUGCGUUCAAUAGCAAGAAAUCAAAAGUGUCGUAGUAAAUUUCGAAGCACAAAUCAACCAGAAAGGAUCUUACAUCAUCGUAUAAGGAGAAGUAAGCUCGUAAACGUCCCGUACCCGGAGGACUAGCACCAAUAAACACUAAGCCAACCGAAGGGCACAAUGAGGCGAAUACGACGCGGACGCUACUGGCACAUGGGAAUCGUUUUCCUGAUAUACUCGAGUUUUCACGCGUAUUCAGCGACGAUUGGCAACACUGCAACGACUGGGGCCGACUUCGAUGAGUUAGCAGAAGUGGAAGUUCCGCCAUCGAAUGAAUCGCCUAAUCCGGUGUUCUACCACACCAGCACCGCGGAACCCGGGGAGGAUGAUGAUGAAACCACCGACAGUGCAACGAAGGCCACCUAUACGCAUCAUGGUCAUCCAACAUGGCGACCGCGAAGGGAGAAUUGUACUCCCCCGGCUAUUGAGCAGUUUCCCCGGCCCCUAAUGGGACCAAGCGUGCGGAGACACGGUGGCUUGGUUGUGCACGUACUAGUGGCCGUAUUCACCUUCCUGGGGUUGGCCAUAGUUUGCGAUGACUACUUCGUUUCAAGCUUAGAUAGGAUUUGUGAAGAAUUGAAGCUGUCUCCGGAUGUUGCUGGUGCUACGUUCAUGGCAGCAGGCAGCUCGGCACCAGAGCUAGCGACGGUUGUGAUAGGUGUAUUCUUCGCAAAGGACGACAUCGGUAUCAGUGGAGUCAUCGGUUCAGCUGUGUUCAACAUCAUGUUUGUGAUUUCGGUGUGCGCACUGUGUUCCGGAACUGUACUGCAGCUGAACUGGUGGCCUCUGGUGCGAGAUUGUACCUUCUACUCGAUCUCGAUCCUGGUGAUGUUGAUAGUGAUCUUCAACGAUGUCAUCUCUUGGGUGGAAUCGCUUAUUAUGAUGCUGUUUUACGUUUCCUACUGCGUCGUUCUACACUUCAACAGUCCACUGGAAAAGUGGGCCCACACCUUGAAUCUUCCUAUCAAGCUUCCGACAAAAGAGGAACAAUCUGCGCUGGUAACAUACAAGAAUCUUCCAGAUACAAAUUACACGCAAGGUCAGCAACCGGGUGCUGUGGUUGAACAGCAGGAGCAACCACAUGAGCAGCCACAACCGGUGGCUGACCAGGGCUACAUGGAUCCCAAUUCUAGUUGGGAUCCCAACGCCGCCUGGGGAGAAGGAGGAGCACCUCCUCCUCCGACAAACAACUAUGCUACGAAUAACUACGAUCCUAAUGCAGGAUGGAGCGGACAACAGAACUACGGAUACGAAGAUCAGUACGGACAGGAGCCGGCCAAGCCUCCACAGCAAGCCGUCCAACCGGCGGCACAAGCAGCAACCGUUACCACCGGGGCUGUUCAACCAACUGGCGACGAGUACUACAAACCGAAAGAACCGCGGCCACAAGAAUCGCACAAUCCGCUGGAGAAACCUACAGAGGGUGGUCCGUUCAAGCUAAUCGCAUGGUACAUUGUGUACCCGAUCCACUACACGGCUCGCAAGACGAUGCCUGAUUGCAAAACGGAGAAGUAUAGAAAUUGGUAUCCCUUCACCUUUCUCGUUUCCAUGAUCUGGAUUUCAUUCUACUCAUACUUCAUGGUGUGGAUGAUAACGAUUAUUGGCUCGACCCUCGGCAUCCCUGAUACCGUCAUGGGACUAACGUUCGUAGCAGCCGGUGUUUCCGUCCCGGACGCCCUUAGUUCCAUCGCGGUCAUCAAGGAGGGUUACGGCGACAUGGCCGUCUCCAAUGCCGUCGGUUCCAACGUGUUCGACAUUCUCAUCUGUCUCGGUUUGCCCUGGUUCAUUCAGACGGCCAUCAUCAAACCGGGCUCGCAUGUCAAUGUCAUCAGCAAGGGCCUGACCUACUCGACGUUGUCGUUAUUGUCCACCGUGGUUUUCCUGCUCGUCGCAACGCACAUGAACGGCUGGAAGCUGGACAAACGGCUCGGUAUCGUCCUGAUGGUGUGGUACCUGAUCUUCAUCACCAUUGCCUCGCUGUACGAACUCAACUUCUUCGGCCAGCUGAACCCGCCGGAGUGUUUCAGCAUCUACUAAAGGCCGAUCGAGUGAUUCCAGCCGUCAUUUGUCAAUUCAUUCUCAUCCCUUCGCUUCCCUCUGCACUCCCACUACUUGCACACAUCCAACACACACCGAUAUGUUUCUCUGUCAAGCAAUGUCGAUCGAUUAAUAAUCUAAGCUGUGUAUCCUAGCAUUCCCUGUCGUUUUGUCUUUUAGGCUAAGCAGAAUCUCAAUCCGGAUGCGACAAAUCUCCGGGUCGCGUCUCGCUCAUUUGCCUCUGUCUGUCUGAGUGUGUGUGGUCACGCGCGUAGGUAUAAGAACACGAUCACGACGAACGGUACGUCCCCUAAUCAACAUUUUUUUCUUUCUACGUCACUAAAAUCACUCGCUCACUGACUUGUAUGGUAUGAGAAAAAAAAACACACCAACUGAAUUGACCACCACCGCACCCGGAUAGAUUGUUAUCUAUUAGUUACCGGUUACUGGUUAUUGUUUUGUCCCGAUACUGAUCCCUAUUUAGGCCGAUGACAUGCUAACGCGUGGGUGAAUGCGAUCGAGAUCGAAACAAAAGGAUUUCUGUUGCUAAAUACGCAUCACGCGACGUUUUGGCAUGGCAGCACCUACCUAUAGAUUGUUUCGAUUGUUUAGUUUUGUUAACGAAUUCAUAGAUUAUUAUUAGAACAAAAAAAAUGUAGCUCAAAACCAUCGAACUUACCUUAUUUCCAUGUCUGAUCUCCUUCCUCUUACUUAUUCAGUAAUAAUUUUACUCAUUCAUAGAAUAGAAGUAGAUUUCGUUAUGACGCUUUGCGAUGCCAAUAUGUCAAAUUCUACGUUUGGUGCUAGCGGUCGAUACGUAUCUAUUGUUUAUUACUUGUUUUAGUUAGUACUAGAGGAACGCACUCAUGAUAUCGGUGAAGCAUUUCACAAACAAGUCACCAAUCAUAGCUUAGUAAUCUGUAAAUACACAAUAUGUAAUGGGCGACAGACGAGACUAAGCUGAACGAUCCAAAUACGAACGUUACAAAUUCAAAACAUUGGCUCUGAAAAUAUGUAAAACUUUGUACAGAAAAAAACAAUCAGUAACUCAAAAAGAACAAAAAACAUUCCGGUGUUGUUCGAGCAAGCUCUCUGUCGUCGUGUUAAAUACUCUAUUUACCUUACACCUACUAGUUGCCAUAAUCGAAUAAGUAUACAUAUUAUCAUAAACAAUGAAAUGUAAACAAACAGUAUGCUUCUGACAGACUAGUCUGCAACUUUGUUGAAACUGACAAUAUUUCUCCGGGUAGGUUUGAUUUUACCUCUAACCCUAGCAAAGUACGAGUUGUCUUCUUCUACCGUUGAAACUAUCUCUAAGAUAAUUCCACACAUGAACCUACCUUAGUAAGAAAUUAGCUCUAGUGUGACGAUGUUUUCAUUACUACCAUUCGUUGAUUAUUGUUUGAUUAUACUAAUACAGAUCUAAAUGGGACGCAAGUCCGAAUGAAAUUGAACCCAAAACAGCGAAUAUUAAACCAAACAUGAAGGAAUGGCAGAAGAAGUUUACAUAAGAAGUAUUUAAAUAUAUAGAUAUAUUUACCAAAGAGAAUAAAUAAAACGGCAUAGCAGCAGUACAUCGUUAAGUGAACCAACCUUAUAAUCGAUUUGGGUCGUUAUUGGUCGAUGGAAAUGCAACAGACACAAACACCGGAACUUAUUUACUGCACUUGAACCCAAACAAAAUCAAAUCACUAUCGCGUAUAUUUGUUAAAUGUCAAAGUUAUAUUUACACAGGAUGAUCUGCUAUCGCGAACAGCUGUUCCACAGUCUCCGAGAAGAAAUAAUCGUGGAACGUACAAGUAAAUCAUUUAUGGACUUUAAGGUCACUCCUUACGGAAUCCAAGUUUCAAAGUACUCGC